GCGUAUUGCCCUGUCCGCCUUAACUCGCCGCCUGGCACGGUGAGAUCGCCAUGUCCACCCCUCACCUACGUCAGCACCUAGGGUUUCACCAGAGCGCGCCCAUGGAGAUCCAGAGCGUCGUGCGCACGACACAGCAGCUCCUGCCGGAACUCGACGCUCCUCCUGCAAGCAGGGGAUGGAGGGAUUCAUCAGCUGAAAGAGAGGCUCAAACUUGCCGAGAAAGCGACAUUCUUCAAGGUGCCCCCAAAAGGAGACAAGGCAUUGAGCUUGACAAACUUCCUGAGGAUAUGCUACAUCAUAUACAUUCACUUAUGCCAGUAAAAGACGCUGGCCGUGCCGCCUGUGUAUCUAAACGAUUUCUGCAUUCAUGGAGAUGUUAUUCAAAUCUCAAACUCAAUAAACGAACACUUGGGUUGAUUGGCGACAAAUUUGAGGGAAAUGAAAUAUAUCACAUCAACAAAGUUGACCAAAUUCUUAAUAGUUAUUCUAAAAAUGGGAUGAAGGUGAAGUCACUUAAACUUGAUCUUUUCCAUUGUAGCAGUGCGAGUGCCUUCCAUCUGGACCGGUGGCUCAGAAUUGCUCUCAAAUCUGGUAUCAAAGAACUAAGCUUUUCGUUGUCUCGUUCCAUGAAAGAAGAAUACUGUUUUCCAUGUUCGGUUUUAUAACAUUGUUUUAAAUAGCCCGCUAUAGCUCCCCGCUAUAGCACGCUAUAGCAUUUACAGAAGGUCUUGCACUAAGAGACUUUGAUCCAAACAAAUGAACAAACAUUUUAAAUAGCUUCGCUAUAGCACGCUAUAGCAUUUAGAAAAGGUCCGCCGCUAAGAGGCUUAGCGCGCUAUUUAAAACUAUGGUUUUAUUUGACGAGCAAGCUGCGAGUUCGAUUGAGCACCUUAAUAUCUCCAAGUGCACUUUUCAACCUAUGGAAACACUUGGCUAUUUUGAAAGAUUGAAAAGUUUAGACCUAUUCCGUGUUCGCAUUACUGAGGAAGGAUUAUGGAAGUUGCUCUCAAAAUCUUUCAGCUUAGAACGGUUGGAUAUAUUUUCAUGCAAUGAAAUAAUUUGUUUGAAGAUACCGUGUACACUGCAGAAACUUAAUUUGCUCAUAGUUACAAGUUGUCAAAAGAUUCAGGUGAUAGAUAUCAGCGCUCCGAAUCUCUUCACUUUUCACUAUGUUGGGUUCCCGCCAGAGAUCUAUAUCGGAGAUUCUUCCCAACUUACAGAAGUACAUUUGUCAUCUUUAUAUCCGUCCAGAAUCAUCUCUUACGGUCGUGCCAAGCUUCCAUCUAUCGCUAGCAAUGUCGAGAGGCUUACCCUGUUGUCCUAUGAAUGUGAACACUCCAAUGCUUCCUGACAAGCUCCUCCACCUCAAGAGUUUGAAGAUUGUCCUUAACGGAUCAGGGCCCUGUUCCCCUGUCUAUGACACCUUUUCUCUGGCUUCUUUUCUUGAUGCUUCUCCUGCCUUGGAAUCUUUCAUCUUGCGUAUAGAACGAAAUGCCAUAAUACAUUAUUAUGAUGCUGGGGGCGAUGCAUACCCAAGGGGGAAACCGGCAUACCAGCAUGACCACCUCAAACGGGUGAUGAUCGCUGGCUUCCGUUCAGCCAAGAGCCUUAUUAAGCUUGUAAUCCACAUCCUUGAGAGCGCUCCUUCGCUGGAGUGUCUCACGCUGGAUACGACCCCUGGUGGCCAUGGUAGGAAGCUUGGUGAUACAAGCAUAUGCAGUGCUGCAAGAAUGUGGGGUAAAUGUUGUUAUAUGAGUGAGAGAGCUCUUGAAGAGGCUAACAGAGCUGUUGAGGCUGCGAGUAGAUACAUCAUUGGGAGAGUUCCAUCAACUGUUGAAUUUGAGGUCCUUGAGCCCUGUAGGCAAUGCCGUACUGGCAACCAGUAGAUGGAUGCUUGUGUGGUUUGUCCUAGUUAACAUGCAAGUUUGGGCCAGUGGUCCGGUUCAAGCGGCUCAUUAGAUAUUUGCAUAUAGUUAAAUAAAAGUAAAUUCACUUUAACCCUCAAGUCUGAAAGCUUGGCUGAUUGAUCCUCAAC